AUGGGUAACGAUCAUGGAACAGCUGCGACAUUAACGGGAAUCGGUGCUAGUGCGGCACUGGCAGUCACUUCUUUCUUCUGUCCGCCAUUAGGAUUAGCAAUGGCGAUUUCCUCAACAGCAGUAGGCGGGACAACCGCAGUUAUUGGUGUAGCUACUGAUAACGAAGCUGCGAGAGAUAUCGGGUUAGCUUAUCUCGGGGCAGGAGUGGGAUCGUGGGCUGGAGGAAUGGGAGGAAAAAACGGAAAAAAAAUAUUGAAAAAGAAAACUAAACUUGUUUCAUGGUUUAUUUCACAAGAAUAG